AUUGUUCUUACUUUGUGAAGGAAUGAAUCUGGAAGAGGGCUUGAUGAGUGACAUCAAUAGGACACUGAGUCUUGAACUGGACACAGUGAGCGGGAACAUUACUUUGCUCCCCUACUAUCAACAUUCACCUCUUGUAGCUGCCAGCUAUAUUAUUUCCUUCUUCUUCAUCUUCAUCCUGUGCAUGGUGGGGAACAGCCUGGUCUGCUAUAUUGUGUUGCGUAACCACAGGAUGCGCACAGUGACCAACCUAUUUAUUCUCAACUUGGCAGUCAGCGACUUGCUAGUUGGCAUCUUCUGUGUGCCCACAACACUGGUCGACAACCUUAUAACAGGCUGGCCAUUCAGUCAGGCAGUUUGCACAAUGAGCGGAUUGAUCCAGGGAGUAUCUGUCUCGGCCUCUGUCUUCACGUUGGUGGCCAUCGCUGUUGACAGGUUCCAUUGCAUAGUCUAUCCAUUUCGGCAAAAGUUAAGCCGCCUGAAGGCUAUACUGACCAUUGGGCUUAUCUGGGGAUUGGCUUUUGCUAUAAUGAGCCCAUCAGCUGCAAUGAUGACUGUUGUGCACCUUGAAGGCACUUAUAUGGUUUACAAUAAUGAGACGUACCCCCUCAUGACCUGCUAUGAACAGUGGCCCAAACCAGAGAUGCGCAAGAUCUACACCACUGUCCUCUUUGUCCACAUUUAUCUUGCUCCUUUGGGCCUAAUUAGCCUGAUGUAUGGAAGAAUUGUAGUUAAGCUCUUCAGUUACCUUGGGCCCAUGGGUAGGGGCACUGGAGAAUUGCCAGAAGACAGGACUUCUAUAUCGAAGAAGAAGAUAAGAGUGAUUAAAAUGCUGAUCAUCGUUGCUCUGCUCUUCAUGAUUUCUUGGUUACCCCUUUGGACUUUAAUGUUGCUCACAGAUUACACCGACUUGGACGAUGAGCAGAUUAACCUGCUAACAGGAUAUAUUUUCCCAUUUGCCCACUGGCUGGCAUUUUUUAACAGCAGUAUCAACCCUAUCAUUUAUGGCUACUUUAAUGAGAACUUCAAGCGGGGAUUCCAGGCAGUUUUCACCUUCCACUUCUGCUCCCAGGAGAUGGUGCACAAGAACAUCUACUCUGAGAGGUCUCCAGCAAAUGUCGGGUAUCGGUUUCAAAAUAAGGUUUCCAAUGGAGAGUACACCGAGUCUAGUGGAUAUAAAAGACCUUUAACUUUGAGGGAUAGUCAGCCAGGAAAUCAAGUAAUACAACUUGAGGACAUCAACAGAAUCAUAACUCACAACAGGGUCAGCACUGCCUGGGUAAACUGAAAAAGAAAGAGUUUGCGGACUGCAGGGAUUUAUCAAUGGGUAUUAAUGAUUGUGCACUGGAAGUGAUGCUGGAUUGAGGACAGCUGAUACAGCUUUGCAGCUUUAAGUCAAGUAUUAAAUGUCACUGUGAAUUACGUCAAAGCCAACCAAUGGAGUGGAUUUCUGUAUUAUUAUUGUCAUUAGUGUUAAUUAUCUAACUGGCAAUGUAUAAGAUAAGUUUGCACGUGGUAUCCUUCUGAAUGCAUAUAUCUCAAACAGUCCUUGCAUCGUUGCACAGUCAGUCUUUACAAUGUAAAACUUGAUGAUUAACUUAACAUGUUCAUUGGAAAUUGAUUUCUUCUUGGAUUUUGGAACAAUUCUACCACUGCAGUUAUCAUGAGUUUGACCUGCCUCAUUUCUAUGCAUUGUGCUGAUUAACAUUUUCCUUUUCCAUAAUUUUAAUUGUUAAAAAUUGUCAUUUGGAUAAUGAGUAUGUUUUUCAGGAGCUUCAAACAUUAAAGAGGGAAUGGCUUUCUGAGCGCUGGAUUGCUUGAAACAACCAUUUUCAAAUAUGAUCUAUUAAAUGACAGUCUGAAGGUGGAGAUUCCCAGCUAUCAACCUCUAGAGUCUUGAACUGAACAUUGGGCAUUUUCUUCACCUUACCAUAUGUUUGGGAUAUCUCUGGAAGUUACAGCAUUUUCCCUCUUAUCUUAAAGGGAGAUUUUGACUUGUAUAUCAACAUUUGAUUGCUGCUUGUUCUCUAUUCUGCUCACGUGUUUGAAAUGAUGUACAAUGUGGCGUCCUUCUAUGAUCACGAUUCUCAGAUGUUGGUAGUUCAAGGUAUUUUUAUGGUAGCAUAAAUCACCAAAGACAGCAUAAUGAAAAUUGCUUCACUUGGAAUAGAAUGAGUCCUGCCUACUACUAAGAAAUGUGUUUAUUUCUUUCAAAUUUGUAAAACUGUCUGGAAUGCUGUACUUUAAAUGGUCAUUAUAGUCAGUCAUUUAAGGGCUACUCCGGUGUCUUUAUACUUUUAGUGUUACACUGAAUUUUCUGGCUUCCCUUCAGGACCACCUAUACAAAGCAUCUUUCUGGGUGUAUUCCUUCUCUUAAACUCCCUUGGUUUCUCAUCACUGGUUGGUUAUUUAUAGAAUGCUAGCACACACAAAACUCAUUGCUAAAUUUCACAAUAUAUAAACAAAAUGGUCAUUCUCAAUUAAUGCUUGAUCUUGUAAUGCAUCUUUGCUCAAUUUUACAACUCUUUGUCAUUCUUUUGUUUCUUGUGCCACCUCAAUGGUGAUUUGACUUGGCUUUACUUUGUUACGUGAUGCUGAUUCUUGGCCUAUCUCUUGCCUUUAAAGACUGCCUUUUUCGCUUUCUUCAGCUUCUUGUCUCCCUGUGCAAAGUAAACUGGACAGCCGUAGAAGAUCAUUUGGUUCACAUAAAUUCAAAACUUUCUCCCUCUUUCUGGGGCUUAAUUGACAAUCUCUGGCAGAAGAAGGCAGAAGAUGACCAGCAUUAUGCUCUGCUGUCAGGAUCUUGCUAAUUUAAAAUUGAGGUGCCUUCCAAUAAGUGUAGCCUAACAGUAUGUUGAGAAAACAGUUUAGUGCUCUUGUGAUAUUAUCCCACACUUGUUAAUCUGUUUCCAAAAACAUCUCUUUGCAGAAUUUUUAUUAUUUAAUCCAUGGCUCAAACUAAACUGUAAACUAAUGACAGCUGAGAUGCCAGUCUUUUAGCAAGCAAAAAAUGGUCAGAAGCAUAGAAAGCCUUAUGCAAUGUGGAGGACAGCCAGUGGGGCAGAGAGCAUCCACAAGGCAGAUCUCCUGGGUGGCUGUUACACCACAGAUUCCCGCAGGGCACACUGGGGUUGGAGUUUGGCACAGCCCUAUUGGGUUCUGUGGGGGCUGCCAGGGGGAGUUGUAGGACUCCACUUUGGGAUUCCAUCGGACCUGGGAGUGAUUCCAAUUAACCCUGAUGAGCCACCUGGAGCACUCCCAGGUGUAACAUAAAAGAAGCUGCCUCCCUCCAUUUGGGGAGCCAGAGUCGGGAGGAAGAGGGACGAAGCUUGACUGUGGAGGAGUGGAGGCGGAAAGGAAAAGAAAGGGAACUGUGUAUUGGUGCAUUGUACUGUGCUGCUGUGGGGAGUGAGGGACAAGCGCUUCCCCACUUGUAAAUAAACGUGUGCUGUUCUGGAACUUGUGUCUCUGCCUGUCUGUGUCAGGGUUGGGGUGGCGUUCCACAGCAGUAGACAAUUAAUAUUCGAUCAUCAUUUCCAUCAUUAGAUUAAACUAUUUCAAUUAAAGAGCAACAUUUGGCCAAGCUGCAUAUUUGGCUUGCAACCUGUUAAAUGUAACUACACAUAAAAUUUUGAUUAACAAUGACAUGACAGUGAAUGAGCACGAAGAAGGAUAGGCCCUUGCCAGAAGAUCGGUAAAAGAUGCCAGUAUGCAGGAGGGAACU